GGCUGCGAUUCGUUUAUGUCACCCCGGUGCGGCUGGUGAUCGACUGGCUCCCAGCGGCUCCCAGCGGCUCCCAGUGGAGACCCGGACCCGGCGGACCCGCAGAGGUUGAUGGUUCGCACCCGCUGUUUACAAGUCAGAUCAUACUGGAUCAAACCAGGUCAGACUGAAUCGAAACUCACAGAUCUGAACUGAGCCGACCAGACCGGUCCAGACGACACCAGGCCCGUCCAGGAGGCCUGUCCCAGUUUCCUAUCAAGUUGAGGGCUCACGAGUGGAUGGAAGGAAAUGAUUUUAACUCAGAGGCAGUGAUGAACAUCUGUGAUGACCUGAUGGCAGACCAAAGGAUGGACAUCUCGUCGACAAUGACUGACUUCAUGUCCCCCGGCUCCACCGACCUCAUCUCCAGCUCCAUCAGCACGCCCGGCAUGGACUACACCCGCAAGAGGAAGGGCAGCACCACCGACUACCAAAUUGAUGGCUUCUCAUUCGAUGACAUGGACCCAGACAAAGAUAAGCUUGGAAGUGACCAACAGGGCCGGAUUAAGAAUGCCAGAGAGGCUCACAGCCAGAUCGAGAAGCGGCGCAGGGACAAGAUGAACAGCUUCAUCGACGAGCUGGCGUCGCUGGUGCCCACCUGCAACGCCAUGUCCCGCAAGCUGGACAAGCUGACGGUCCUGCGCAUGGCCGUCCAGCACAUGAAGACACUCAGAGGUGCAGCCAACCCGUACACAGAGGCCAACUACAAGCCUUCCUUCCUGUCAGAUGAUGAACUCAAGCACUUGAUACUAAGGGCUGCUGAUGGUUUCUUGUUUGUUGUCGGCUGUGAUCGCGGCAAAAUUCUCUUUGUUUCUGAAUCGGUUUACAAAAUACUCAACUACAGCCAGAACGACCUGAUAGGUCAGAGCCUGUUUGACUACCUUCACCCCAAGGACAUUGCCAAGGUCAAAGAGCAGCUGUCCUCUUCCGACACGGCCCCACGAGAGAGGCUCAUCGACGCUAAAACUGGUCUCCCAGUGAAGACAGACAUCACUCCCGGUCCGUCUCGACUCUGUUCUGGAGCCAGACGGUCAUUUUUCUGCAGGAUGAAGUGCAACAGGCCGUCUGUCAAAGUAGAAGAGAAAGAAUUUCCCUCCACCUGCUCGAAGAAAAAAGCCGACCGCAAGAGCUUCUGCACCAUCCACAGCACGGGCUACCUGAAGAGCUGGCCCCCCACCAAGAUGGGCCUGGACGACGACAACGAGCCCGACAACGAGGGCUGCAACCUCAGCUGCCUGGUGGCCAUCGGCCGCCUGCACCCCCACAUCGUCCCCCAGCCCAGCCUGGCAGACAUCCGGGUGAAGCCCACCGAGUACGUCUCCCGGCACGCCAUCGACGGCAAGUUCGUCUUCGUGGACCAGAGAGCCACAGCCAUCCUCGCCUACCUGCCCCAGGAGCUGCUGGGAACAUCCUUCUAUGAGUAUUUCCACCAGGACGACAUCGGCCACUUGGCUGAGUGCCACAGACAAGUGCUGCAGAUGAGAGAGAAGAUCAACACCAACUGUUACAAGUUCAAGAUCAAAGAUGGCUCCUUCAUCACGCUGAGGAGCCGCUGGUUCAGCUUCAUGAAUCCCUGGACCAAGGAGGUGGAGUACAUCGUCUCCACCAACACUGUUGUGUCGUGUCCGAUGAUGGAAGGAUCAGAAUACCCUCAAUCUGCCGCCUCACCUCAGAGCAUGGACAGUGCUCUCACCUCAGAGGGUGGCGGGAGGCGGGCGCUGCAGACGGUUCCCGGCAUCCCGGGCGGCACGAGAGCAGGAGCAGGAAAGAUCGGACGCAUGAUCGCGGAGGAAGUGAUGGAGAUUCAGAGGAUCCGAGGCUCCUCCCCCUCCAGCUGUGGCUCGAGCCCUCUAAACAUCACCAGCACCCCCCCACCCGACACCUGCUCCCCUGGAGGAAAGAAGAUUCAGAAUGGAGGGACACCUGAUCUGCCGAGCACGGGGAUCAUUACUGGACCUGAUUCUGUCGGCUACCCGUACUCCAACCAGUCCAUCAUGAGUGACAACUCCCACCUGAGCAUCGACAUCAUGGACGAGCCGGGCUCCAGCAGCCCCAGCAACGACGAGGCGGCCAUGGCGGUCAUCAUGUCGCUGCUGGAGGCGGACGCCGGCCUGGGCGGGCCCGUGGACUUCAGCGACCUGCCCUGGCCUCUGUGAGGUGGCUGGAAGGGACCAAGCACCGGGAGCCGCUGGGGGAGCCGGUCGGGUCCCGGUUGGAUUCCCGGCUGCUCUGCGCUCGACUGCUCUGCAAAGAAGUUCAUCUGCACACAUUCUCACUUUCAAGUUUUCAGUGUUUCCUGGUUUCACGAGAGGAGAGGAAACGGAUUCUAGAGCAGACGACUCUGGACGCUCAGAUUCCAGCUCCUUCACUUCCUGGAGGUGGAGCCGUGUUUCCACCGGAGCAGGAAGACGGAUCCUCAGCUCGUGUUCCUGCUCCGGACCAUGUGAUCAGAUGAGCGUGUUUGCAGCGGCGGUCGUGUGCAGAUGAGGGGGGGGGGUUCUCUAACGUUGCCACGGUUACAGACAUUACUCUUAAAGAAACAGUGAAAGGAAGUCGCAGGUCUGUGGCGCUAACGUCUCUGAACUGACGAGCCGACACCGGGACUCCUGAGACCUUCAUGGACUCUAGCUGAAGUUAGAGGCGGAGCUAGAGAGGAGCGCUCCAUUCCUGCCUCCCACCACGGCCCACUCUUCAUCUUCAUCUUCAUCUUCAUCUCUAACGUAGGACGGUGCACUUCACAGGAACUGGUCAUUCUCUCCACCUGAUCUCCACAUGGGAAGAUUCGCUCAGAACAGAAGACACUUGGACGUUUUUUUUAUUCCCAAACUCACACGAGCAGGUUCAGUUAAAUAAUCCAACGAGCCGCCCCCCCGCUGCUGUUUCCUCAACCUGCAUGAAAAGUUCACCACUUUUUCUCCAAACUGAUCUAAAGCUGAUAUUCAGUCGAUGUUGUUUCCCAGAGUUUAAACCACAGUUUGAACAAAGAUGAUCCAAGGUCUGCGAGAAGUUGUCGAUAAAUGUUAAAAGUUAUAAAACACAAAAGUCCGAACCCGAUGUGAAGGACCGGAGGACUUUGGGUCAGGUUCUGGUCUGAAGAUCAUUAGACUCCAAUUUAACUUGAUCCUAAUAAACUGAGACAGUGAAAGAACAAGGACACGUGGCAGCAGCGUCCGAUCCGUCCAACUCUGUCCCUGAAAACACAACUUCACAAACCAUCAGACUUUAAAGGACAUCAUGUGGUUAAGUUGAUCCUCGGGGGGGGCAGCAGCCCGGCGUCACACACUUAGUUUCCCUCUGCAGACGUUUCCCACGGCUCCUCCCACUCUUCACCUCGUUGCCACAAACAAACCUGAGGUCUCACCUGCACAUCCGCCCCCUAUAUGAAGCACUUACUAAACUCCAUGGAUCAGUUUUCAGAUUCCACACAGAGACGCUGUCUUCUUCUCAAUAUGUCGACUGGAACUUGAGCCACAAACAAAGGAAAGUUAAAGUUUGUCUGGUGGAGAGAAGUUAAAAUAAAAAUACCUCCGAGUUUAAAUCUACUGCGACGACGACAGAUUCCCGAGACCUGGACGGUUAAUCUAGAGUUUGGUCAGUUUAGCACUUAACUAAUACGCAGAUGUUCUGUGGCUGUACGUGUCCUGCAACCUCCCUGGUGACCACAGGGGGCAGCAGAGUGUAGGGGCGGAGCUACGGGAGAUUCUCUGAUCUCAUUGGCUGGCGGUGAACAAGGUCUCGAGGAAUGAAUGGAAAAAGUUUCAUUGUAAAUGCUCGAGUGUGUUCAGAGGAGGCCCGGUGGCGCCCCCUGCCUGUGUGGAAAGAUAGUGUGC